AUGGCUGCUCAGGCUGCCCCGGAGCUCGCGAAGCUUGACUUGAACAAGAAUACCGGCUCUGUCGAGGCCAACGCUGUCUCAGCUGGUGGUUCGGAAAAAGAAGAGGCUGAGAAUGAAGGAGAUUCCGACGAUGACAGAGAUGAUGAGCAGGCGGGCGGCUCUGCCGAAGUAAAUGCGGAGAAGAAGAAGAAAAAGAAGAGGCCGAAGAAGAAGAAGAAGACAGCCAAGGUUCAAUCGAGUCCUCCUCGCAUACCCUUGACCACUCUCUUUCCCAACAGCAACUUCCCCGAAGGAGAAAUCGUGGAGUAUCUAAACGAAAAUUCCUACCGUACCACAAACGAAGAGAAGCGACACCUUGAUCGUAUGAACAAUGAUUUCCUCACUGAAUACCGCCAGGCCGCUGAGAUCCACCGUCAGGUCCGUCAGUAUGCCCAAAAGGAGCUGAUCAAGCCUGGUGCCACCCUUACCGAUAUCGCGGAGGGUAUCGAGGACGGAGUCCGCCACCUGACCGGCCACAUGGGUUUGGAAGAGGGAGACAGCUUGGUUGCCGGAAUGGGCUUCCCUACCGGAUUGAACAUCAACCACUGUGCAGCUCAUUAUUCUCCCAAUGCCGGGAACAAGGUCGUUCUUCAACACGGUGAUGUCAUGAAGGUGGAUUUUGGCGUCCACAUCAAUGGCAGAAUCGUCGACAGCGCCUUCACCGUUGCAUUUGAUCCUGUUUUUGACCCUCUGCUUACCGCCGUCAAGGAGGCAACUAACACCGGAAUCAAAGAAGCUGGUAUCGAUGUCCGCAUGAGUGAUAUCGGCGCAGCGAUCCAGGAGACGAUGGAGAGUUACGAGCUCGAACUCAAUGGAACAUCCUAUCCUAUCAAGGCAAUUCGUAACCUGAAUGGCCACACAAUCGGCCAGUAUGAAAUUCAUGGUGGAGUCAACGGCAAGAGUGUCCCGAUUGUCAAAGGUGGUGACCAGACCAAGAUGGAAGAGGGUGAAACCUAUGCUAUCGAAACCUUUGGCAGUACCGGAAAGGGAUAUGUUAGAGAUGAUGUAAGUGGCUCCUUAUACUAUUUCAUUAUCAGUUCUCAGUUUGAUAUGCUUGGUAUACUAACCCAGUAUAAACGAACAGAUGGAAACAUCUCACUACGCUAA